AUGCCUCUCGUCGUACCAGGUAUCAACUCCACAGAUGGUGACAGCACCGAGGAUUGGAUGACCAAGCUCGUCGGCAAGAAGCUUUCCGAUGAGGAGUCAUCAAGCGAAACCGUCUUCGCCAAGCGAGAUCUCCCCCAAGAGGCACGCAUUAUCGAGCCCGGAAUGAUGGUCACAAAGGACUUCAAGGAGAACAGACUCAACGUUCACGUCAAGGAUGACGGAACUGUCUCACACGUUGUCAAGGGCUAA